AGGGCCAAUGAAAGAAGACGCAAUUCCGCUACUCUGCCGUCCGAAACUCGUAUUGUUUAAUGUUGAAGUAGCAAACAUGAAAGCCGAAGAACCUUUUAUUAAAGCCAUCUCUUCUUUCUUUCUCUUUCUUAUUGCCAUAAUCCUUUUAUUUUCUUCAACAACUUUUAUCUAUGGCCUCCCUUGCUUUCACUUCAAAGCUCUCCUCUCUUCGUAGCGCUAGUAAUCACAACCGACACGGCGUCGUUGCAUGCAGAACGCGCUCCAACUUGUUGCAUUUGGACUGCAAGCUGAAGAGUAAUUCCAUCUCUUGUUUAAAGAACCCGCAGUGUUUAGGAGUUGGAGUUACUCGCGCCGCUGCUGACGUGGCAGUGGAUGAUCGAGUUCUACAGAAUGAAAAGGCCGAGGAAGGAAAUAGAGUACUGAAAGUUGGAUUAAUAUGUGGAGGUCCUUCCGCAGAACGCGGAAUCUCUCUUAAUUCUGCUAGAUCAGUUCUUGAUCACAUUCAGGGAGAAGAUUUACACGUAAGCUGCUAUUACAUUGACUAUGAACUCAAUGCUUAUGCUAUAUCUCCUGCUCAGGUAUAUUCAAAUACUCCAGCAGAUUUUGAUUUUAAACUUGAAAGCCUUGCACGACAAUUUUCAUCGCUGUCUGAAUUUGCAGAGCACCUUGCUGCUUCUGUGGACAUAGUAUUUCCUGUUAUUCACGGUCGUUUUGGUGAAGAUGGUGGCAUCCAGGAGUUGUUGGAAAACUAUAAUAUUCCAUUUGUUGGCACUGGAUCAAGCGAGUGUCGUCAAGCAUUUGACAAGUAUUAUGCCUCUAUUGAGCUUAGCAAACGAGGAUUCAUAACUGUACCAAAUUUCCUAGUGCAGGGAAAAGAAGCCGAUGAAUCUGAAUUAUUUAAGUGGUUUGCAAGCAACCGAUUGGACCCUACCUCUGGGACGGUUGUGGUAAAGCCAGCCGUAGCAGGAUCUAGUAUUGGCGUAACAGUUGCUUAUGGUGUUGCUGAUUCCCUGAAAAAAGCAAAGGAUUUGAUUUUGGAGGGGAUUGAUGAUAAAGUCCUUGUUGAACUAUUUCUUGAUGGAGGGAGUGAGUUUACGGCCAUUGUAGUCGAUGUGGGAUCUGGAUUUGAAUGUCAUCCUGUUGUUCUACUACCAACUGAGGUGGAGCUUCAAUUUCAUGGCAGCGCUGAUAUAAGGGAAAACGAUGCAAUUUUCAAUUACCGAAGAAAGUAUCUUCCAACACAGCAGGUAGCUUAUCAUACUCCACCUCGUUUUCCUGUAGAUAUAAUUAAAAAGAUUCGACAAGGAGCAUCUUUAUUAUUCCAACGGCUUCGCCUACGUGAUUUUGCUCGAAUUGAUGGAUGGUAUUUGCCUUCUUCCAAUAGUGCCUUCUCAUCUUCUGAGGGGAAAUUUGGUAGGACUGAUUUGGGUACAAUACUAUUCACUGACAUUAACCUGAUUAGUGGAAUGGAGCAGACCAGCUUUUUAUUUCAGCAAGCUUCAAAGGUCGGAUUCUCUCAUUCGAAUAUUCUGCGAAGCAUCAUCCAUCGCGCUUGCUUGAGGUUUCCCAGUCUUGCUUCAAACUAUAAUUUAUCAGAUUGUUUGCCAAGAAAAUCAAAAUCCCUACAGCUAACUGAAUCAUUUAGCAAAAGUGAAGGCACUCGUAAAGUUUUUGUUUUAUUUGGAGGAGACACUUCAGAGCGGCAAGUAUCUCUUAUGAGUGGAACAAAUGUUUGGCUUAAAUUGCAAGCAUUUGAUGAUUUACAUACUGUACAGCUAGACGUGACUCCUUGUUUGCUUGCACCCUCAAAUGGCCAAUCUUCUGAUGAUAGCUUUAGAGCGGUUUGGUUAUUACCUUAUUCUCUUGUGCUGAGACACACUACGGAGGAAGUUCUUGAUGCUUGUAUAGAGGCGAUUGAACCAGCUCAGGCUGCAUUUACAUCUCAUUUGCGCAGCCAAGUGACAAAUGAUCUCAUGGAAGGUUUGAAGAAGCAUAGUUGGUUUAAAGGAUUUGAUAUUGCUGAUGAACUGCCCACAAUAUUCUCAAUGAAGGAGUGGAUAAAGCUUGCCAAAGAAAUUCAAGCGACAGUUUUUAUUGCAGUGCAUGGGGGCAUUGGUGAAGAUGGUACACUUCAGUCUAUGCUGGAGGCUCAAGGAGUUCCUUACACAGGUCCUGGUGUGGUGGCUUCAAAGACCUGUAUGGACAAAGUUGCAACGUCUCUGGCUCUUAGUCAUCUUGCAGAUUUGGGAGUUCUUACCAUAAAAAAAGAAGUGUACAAAAAGCAGGAUUUGCAAAAUAUGCCUGCACUCGAGGUUUGGCAUAAUUUGACCUCAGCUCUCCAGUGUGAAACUCUAUGUGUUAAACCAGCAAGGGAUGGAUGCUCGACUGGUGUUGCAAGAUUACGUUGUACAGAGGACCUUGCAGUGUAUGUAAAAGCAUUGGAGGAUUGCCUUCUACGUAUUCCACCUAAUAGUUUGUCAAAGGCUCAUGGAGUGAUCGAGAUGCCCCACCCUCCUCCAGAGCUCUUGAUCUUUGAACCUUUCAUCGAGACUGAUGAGAUUGUUGUUUCAUCCAAAUCCACAUGUGAAAAUGCAAAUCGUCUUAUGUGGAAAGGACACAGUCGAUGGCUUGAAAUAACAGUUGGUGUUAUAGGAACACGUGGAUCCAUGCACUCCCUGAGUCCCAGUGUUACAGUUAAAGAAACUGGCGAUAUUUUAUCACUUGAAGAGAAAUUUCAAGGUGGAACUGGCAUAAAUCUUACUCCUCCACCGACAUCAAUUGUUAGUAACGAGGUUUUGGACCGAUGUAAACAGCAUAUUGAACUGAUUGCAAAUACUCUGCAAUUGGAAGGAUUCUCGAGAAUUGAUGCUUUUCUUAAUGUUGACAGCGGAGAGGUGUUGAUCAUAGAGGUCAAUACUGUCCCUGGAAUGACUCCUUCCACUGUCCUGAUUCAUCAGGCCCUAGCAGAGCAACCUCCUGUGUAUCCUCACCGGUUCUUUCGCACAUUGCUUGAUUUGGCAUCAGAGAGAAGUAUGUAAAUUUUGUUAUGCUCGAUAAUAUGGAUGUUUUUGUGUUCAUUGUGCUUGUAGUUAGUGGCACUGCUGCUAUAGCAUUGCAAAAUGUAGAACUUGGUUUCUGCCCUUCCACCUGUAGUCCAAUCACCUGGAGAAGGGAAAGAAAUAUCAUUGAGAAAACAUUGGAUGGCUAUUUUUCCACAAAAGUGUUCAAUGAAAGGCGAUGGGGUUAGAACCCUUGUCAGCUGCUCCAAUGCAAA